ACCACCCUUAGUUUUUCUCUUGUACUAUCCAAUCCACAGCGGAAAUGAAUAAUUUUAAAGAUAUUGUUCCAUCAUCCUUUAGCCGACAGAGAAAGUCAUCACUAUCAACUCUACGAACAUGCCACCAUUUUUUUUGUACACCUAACCCUAAAUAACGUGCGUACAUCAUUUCACAGUGUUGAAAACUGUUUAAAUAUAUGCGCUAGUCAUAUUUACUUGAAAACGUGACACCAACUAGGCCUCUAAAUUAUCAUUUCUAUAUAUGUAGUAGUAUACAGUAUAGUGUAAAAGAAACUAUAAAUAUCCAUCACAACACACACCAGAGAGUCAUCUCGCAAUAAUUAUAGUUGAUAUUUUUUACAAGACAUACAACACAAAAAUCAUUAAAAUGUUUCGUAAGGUCUCUAUAGAAGCCUUGGUUCUCCUACUUCUCACCAUCUACUUGACCCAAAUCGAUGUUUCUUUCGCACAAUAUUAUCAGUAUCCGCAGUCCCAUGACUCUCCAGACAGCUAUCUCAGACCACACAACGUAGCCCGAGCCAUGGUCAGAGUCAAGCCUCUAAGAUGGGACUUUGGCCUAGCCACUGUGGCUCAGGACUACGCAAAUCAACUAGCAUCCGGUCCAUGCAGCCUCGAGCAUUCCUCUGGACCAUAUGGAGAGAACCUUGCAAUGGGAAGUGGAGAUAUGUCACCGGCUCAGGCUGUUGCAAUGUGGAUAAAUGAAAAGUCGUAUUAUGAUUAUUACUCAAACUCGUGCCACGACUCGGCUUGUGGACACUACACGCAGGUCGUGUGGCGUGGAUCUGCUCGGCUCGGUUGUGGUAAGGGUGUGUGUGGUAAUGGUGCAAGUAUUAUUGUGUGUAACUAUGACCCCGCAGGCAAUUAUAUUGGGACUAAACCAUAUUGAUUUCAAGUUCAAUUGAUGAAUGUGUGUUAAGAUUGUUGUGUAACAUUUUUCAUACUUCAGUACAUGAGAAGACAUAUUUGUUUUCCUACAAAGAUGGAGUUAAAAAUUUGUAUAAAAUCUUUGUCCAAAAAAAUUUUUUUUGUAUAAAACCAAAAUUUGAGUGCAUGAUCAAAUGAUAACGUGAGAAGCUUAGAAUAAAUGGUGAAUGUGCAGACAAUGUAUAGAGGAGUUUGUCGCGGAUGUUUCCUAAUUUUUGGUUUCGGUAGGCCGAUCUAAGAUAGGUAUAGGUCUUGAUUAUUUCAAGGUGUAACUCUGCCUUAAUCAUAUGGUUUGCGAAGAAGUAAUCCUUGGUUAAGCACUAAAUCAAAUAUUUAUA